CUUGCACAUUCCAAUUCGCUCAACCUCUUCCUACUUUUAUUUUUUGCAUUCAAACCUUUUUCUUCUAUUUUUAUUUGUACAAACAUCCUUUUACAUUUAUAUUUCGCAUUCAAACUAGGCAAAUGGAGAGAGAUAGUUUCGAUACCCUGCGUCCUGGCAUGCGCGCCUGGGCGCCGUACAUGCAGUCGCCACUGUCGCCGAGCACAGUUCUGCCGCGUAGUCCAUCGACACCCCAGUCGGCAUUCACACCGCGGACGCAGUUUUCACCCGGGCUGCAGUCCAGCGCAUACAAGUCAACGGCGCCGUCGACACCAAUGUCGGCGACCAGUUCACUGACAGUAUUGGAUGCAAAGAACAUUGUGCGGGACUUUGGGCAGCCGCGGCUGGACCUGACGGCCGAGGACAAGUGGCGGAGGCUAGGGGCACGGAUUCUGCCCCUGUUUAAUGGUGAUCGUCUACAGGGCACGGUGGAGGAGAACAACGAAAUUGUCAGGAGCUGUCUGCGAAGCGACCAGGAUUCGAUCUGGCACGAGAUAAACAACAUCCUGCGGGUCGGGAUGUCGUCGCUGAUCCGGACCAUGUACCAGCAAUGCGAGCUGGUGCCAAAGUUUGAAGCACUAAAGCUGACCAAGGGCAGCAGCAAGCAGCCGCUGGCUAUUCUGUCAAUGAACGGAAUUGCCAAUGCGGAGCGCAUUAACAGCGCGCAGAUCUGCGACAGCCUAGUGACGGUAUGGGAGAUGCUGUCGGCACAUAUUCUGCCGUAUUUUGAGGGCGUAUUUCUGCCGGUGUUGCAGUUCCGGCUGGCAUCCAAGGCCCGGCCCGGCAAGGCGGGUAGCAUGCGGCGCGCCGUGCUUAUGCAUUUCAGAGACAUUAUUGUGGUACCCGUGCUAGGGAGGCUCGAGGAGGUCGCGGGAAUGGUGCAUGCAGAGAACCUACAUGGGGUGCAGGGGAGCCACCACCAGAUGGCGGCUAUCCUACUGCAGAUGCUGACGGUGCUGGCAGGGCUGACGCCAGCGGAGCGCGGCCCGCUGUUCAAGACAGCGCAGGCGUUUGCUGUUGCGAUGCAGGUGUGAGGUGUGAGGUGUGAGGUGUGAGGUGUGAGGUGUGAGGUGUCACGUGG